AUGGGGCGGCCGCGGCCCCGCCUCCGCCAGCCUUCCUGCCCGACGGCUGCGGGAGGCCUCGAGAUUCCGCCACCAUCCCAGCAGCCCCGGGAAAGGCGAGCGGCGCCCCCACGUGCUCCCCCAGGGCGGCCUCCCCCGUCCCCGCUGCCGUCCAUCUUGGAGCCGGGCAAAGAAGCGACGCGGGGGCCUACCCUCGCUCCGGGCCACGCGGAAGCCGCCAACCGCAGGGCCGCCUUGGGGAGGCGGAAGCCCAAACACUCUGACACCGAGGCACGUCUCAAGAAAGGGCGCGCGCGUCUGUGCCGGGGGAAUUUAUUACUCAGCCAGAGCCCAAGAUGGCGACGAGCUCUGACGUCACCAGAUCUCGCGAGAGAGAAAUGGCGCGAUUUGGAGGCGCCCGCGCUCCCGCCGGAGGGAGGGUUUCCCCACUGA